AAUCAAUAGCUUUUGUUAGAUUUUAACAUGAUAUAAAAUGAAUAAAAACAUGUAAUAUGUUCUCUUGUUAGAAUUUAUUUGUUUUGUCACAUAGUUUAGUUCUAUUACUUUUAGAUGAAAAUGCCAUAAAAAACAAUUUAAUCUUGCUAGAUUUUCUUUUAGAAUUCAUUUAGAAUUUAAUUGCUAGUACUUUCUAUGGUCGGUGCAUGCUUCCUUGUUAUUACUGAUUUGGUUGUUGAGAUGUGCGAGGUACUUCGAGAGAGCCUUCGAUUGCGAUUCGACUUACUUUGUGUUCCACUUUAUUUGUGGGACACAAAUUCGCUUCCGGUGCGGUUGAUUUGCAUUGUGUUCCGCUUUAUUUGUGGGACACGAACUUAUUCCCGAUGCGAUUCACCUGAUCUCUCCUUCAUUGAGAUGUAUAUCCCUGUAUUGCCUGGCUUGUGUUCUCUUGCAGGUUGCUCGUGUGGUUAUGCUCGACGCGUGCCACAUGUCGCUUGUAACUUUGCUUGAUGAUGGCUUUCACGACAACGCUUUCUGACUCGCUGUGCUUGAUGAUGGCUUACGCGAAGUAUUUCGGACUUCUCUGCUUACGCUUUCUAGCUCAUUACGGAUUUGCUAUCCGUUUAGUAUUGUCUCCUUGUCCCUUUUACCGCUUUCCGCAUCAUCCUAUAACUUGAGAAGUAGGACCUAGACAUGCAUCUGGCCAAGCCCUCAAAAGAGGCUCUGUUUUUGUUGGUGUGUUUACAUUUGUGCUUUGCGGCAGGGAGUCACGGUGUAAUAAUUCCUAUAUGGCACUCCGUUAAGUCCUCAAGGAAGGCAUGCGGAAAGGGUUAGUAAUCAACCCCCGCCUAGUCUCAUCGAGUUUGUUCAUUAUGCGCACGCUACGCGUUGCUCGCUUCCGAACUAGCACAAGAUCUUGUUAUCGAGUAUGUCAGGAAAAGGGUUCAUGCAGCCGGACCCCCGCACUUCCUAUAGAUCGCGUCGCUCGACGUUGAUGCUCAGUGUACGCACGCACCGUUUUCCUUUCCGAUCCGUGACGACUUGGUUGCUGAGAGGGAUCCGCUCCUCUUGUCUAUGGCCCGAUCAUUUUCGCGAGGUCUAAUGCUUGGUUGACUUGGGUCGAGUUGCUCCCCUUGGCUAUGGCGGGACCGCUUUUCUACCACUCGGUCAGUACCGUUGGUUUGUUUGCUUUACGAGCGGAUGCUCGUUUGUUUGCUCAUUGUUUGCUUUCGCCUUUUCCCCCGUAGGUUGCUAGCUUAGUUUAGACUUGUACCCUUUGUAUGAUAACAUUAGGUAGCAAGCUUUCCCCAUUAGCUUAGGUUUUCCUCAUGCAUCUUUUAAAACACAAACCACACUCUUUGAUUUUCUUUUCUUAAGAGCUUGUUAUUUCCGCUCCAUUCCCAAGCAUAAGUAUCCAAAGGUCGAGCAGCGGAGUGUGAAUGUAACUCGUUCACCUAAAAAACAUAAAACAAAUAGAAAUUAGUUAGCCGAGCUACGGUAGCUCUGAUUCUGCAAAAAAGAUACGUAGGCAGCGGGGUAGGGCCCGUGCGAGCACAAUCCUUUCUUUUCCCUACAUUUUGCAUUCAUUUUAGUCCAGAUUAGCGUAGUUUGCUUACACACCCAUAGAUUUAGACACAGGCGUGGAUACCAUCGAGUACGAUGGGCGCGAGGGGUGCUAUCACCUUCCCCUCGCGUAACCGACUCCCUUACCCUUUUUCUCUGGUCGUGAGACCGUUGUUUUGUUUUGUGGUUUGCUGGAAUUCCCUUCCUUUUCAGGAUAAAUAUGUUAGUGGCGACUCUGUUAAUUUUUGCGGUAGCGAAAAUUAUCUCUUCUCCAUUCACACAAACAAAAUCCAAUCAAAAUAAAAACAACACUUUCAAAACAAUAAUCAUGAAUAUCAUCAAUUGAAUCAAUAAAAAGCUAGUAAAAAAAUAAACAACACCACCUGAGGGCUUUGAUGGCGGUUUGUGGAAGAAAGAUGCGCGUUGAACCACUCGGUUCUACGGUGGAUUCUUCGGCGGAGGUUGAACCGCUCGGUUCUACGGUGAGAGGAAGAUAUGAGUUCUUGAGUUUUUUGAAAGUGUUCUUGAUGUUCUUCAAUAAGCUAUGAAGUUGUUAUGAUAUUCAUGAGAGAAAGUGAAGUUUGAUCUUAGAGAGAAGGAGGAAAAGUAUUUUUUGUGUUUGUGAGAAGAGAGAGAGAGAGAGAGAGAGAGAGAGAGAGAGAGAGAGAGAGAGAGAGAGAGAGAGAGAGAGAGAGAGAGAGAGAGAGAGAGAGAGAGAGAGAGAGAGAGAGAGAGAGGGAGUAAGAGUUAGAAUUGUUGUGUUUAGAUGUGUGAAAAGAGUGACUAUUUAUACCCAAAAAAUAGGUUAAGUAAAAAAGGAAAAUUAAAAUCUAUGAAUCAAAUCAAGGCCAAAAAAUUAAUCUGUUUUAAUUCUAGCAAGAAAUUAAAUCAAAAUAAUUUAAUGAGAUUGACUUGCUCCCUAAGAUAUGAAAAGGGCUAUUAAUAGAACAAAUAAUGUAAAAACCUUCUUUUUUGGAUUUUUUGAAUAUUUUGUGAUUUUUGGUGAUUUUUUGACCAAAAAAUGCAUAAAAGUGAAAAUUGACUAUUCUAAAAAAUGCAUAUUUAAUUAGUGCGAAAAUUAAAUUAAAAUAAUAAAAAAAUGCAGUUUUUAUGAUUUUUGAAUAAUGGAAAUAAAGUUAGGAUUAAAAUUAGAAAACAAAUAAAAAAGGAGAAAUGUUAGAAGUGAGAUUCGAGUCCGGGACCUCUCGCUCAUGUACCUUUUAACCUCAAAUUCUUACCAACUGUGUUACGUCACUUAUUUAAAAUAAAAUGACGUUUGCAAAUAUAUGCGGGCAAAUUUUGGGGUAUGACAGCUGCCCCUGUUCAAUCUUUGUAUACCUGAGGAUGUUGAUUGGCAUGUGCCAGUCGAAAUCUGAAGGUAGAAGAGGAUUGAAUACUAGAAUAUCCAAGAAUUUGCCCUAGCUGAAGUAGGGACUUUUGUCGGAGACGGGCUUAAAGAUGUCGUCCAAGUGUUGGAAAAGAUGUAUGAGACAGGCUUAAAGAUUCCAUCUGAAAAGAAGCCUAUGAGACUGUAUAUAUCAGCUUCAGACACUACUAUAGGUAGUAUGUUAGCACAAGAAGAUGAAAAUGGCAUUGAGAGGGUCAUAUAUUAUCUAAGCAGGGUAUUAAAUGAUGCAGAAACUAGAUACACUUUGAUAGAAAAGUUGUGUCUAUGUUUGCAUUUUUCAUGUACUAAACUCAAAUAUUAUAUAAAGCCAAUAAAUCUGUAUGUAUAUUCACAUUUUGAUGUUAUCAAGUACAUGUUAUCAAAGCCAAUAAUGCACAGUCGAAUUGGUAAAUGGGCUCUAGCCCUAACUGAGUACUCUUUGGCCUUUGUGCCUUUAAAAGCUAUGAAGGGGCAAGUAGUCUCAGAUUUUAUAGUAGAUCACGCAGUGGUCGAAACUCCUCAACUCCUAGUUGAGUUAAAGCCUUGGAGAUUGUUCUUCGACGGUUCCACCCAUAAAGAUGGAAGUGGAGUUGGGAUUCUACUAAUUUCUCCUGAUGGAAUUCCAACAAAACUCAAGUAUAGAAUUGAAGGGCCCUUGUGCUCGAACAAUGAGGCGGAAUAUGAAGCCUUAAUAGUAGGACUUGAAGCCUUGCUGGAAUUGGGGGCAACUAGGGUCGAAAUUAAAGGUGACUCAGAAUUGGUAAUCAAACAAUUCACGAAGGAAUAUAAGUGCAUCAAGGAGAACUUGAUCAUGUAUUUCGUUAUUGCAAAUAGGUUGCUUAAAAUAUUUGAAUAUGUAGACAUAAAGCAUGUCCCUAGAAUUAAAAAUCAAGAGGCUAAUGAUUUAGCACAAAUAGCUUCAGGAUAUAAAAUCUCAAGGGAGAUGUUAGAGGAAUUGGUCGUAGUAAUAGGAAAAGCAAUGGCAACCAAAUUAUCUCCAAGUGAUUUGGAAAGAAAUCGUUUAGGUUAUGCUAACGAAGAGGAAUUCAAAGUGUUGGCUAUUGAUACUUUAACAAGCAUAGAUUGGAGAACUCCGAUUAUAGAUUAUCUUAAAGAUCCUUCGGUGAACACGGAUAAAAAACCAAGUAUAGAGCUUUAUCUUACAUUUUGAUGAGAAACGAAUUAUUCAAGAAGACUCCUGAAGGCAUCUUACUAAAAUGUUUGGGCAAAAAUGAGGCAUAUUUAGCGUUAUCUAGUGUUCAUAGUGGAACAUGUGGGGCACAUCAAGCAGGCCAUAAAAUGAAAUGGUUGCUUUUCAGAUACAGGAUGUAUUGGCCUACCAUGCUAAAGGAUUGUAUAGAAUUUGCUAAAGGAUGUCAAGAAUGUCAAAUACAUGCAGGAAUCCAACAUGCUCCUGCGAGUGAGCUUCAUGCAAUUAUCAAACCAUGGCCAUUUAGGGGUUGGGAUUUAGAUUUAAUUGGUGAGAUUCGACCUACUUCACCUAAAGGUAUAAGGUACAUUCUUGUUGGAAUUGACUAUUUUACUAAAUGGGUCGAAGCAGUGUCGUUGGUAAAUGUAGACCAAGAAAGAUGGUAGUGGAGUUGGGAUACUACUAAUUUCUCUUGAUGGAAUUCCAACAAAACUCAAGUAUAGAAUUGAAGGGCCCUUGUGCUCGAACAAUGAGGCAGAAUAUGAAGCCUUAAUAGUAGGACUUGAAGCCUUGUUGGAUUUGGGGGCAACUAGGAUCGAAAUUAAAGGUGACUUAGAAUUGGUAAUCAAACAACUGACGAAGGAAUAUAAGUGCAUCAAGGAGAAAUUGAUCAUGUAUUUCUUCAUUGCAAAUAGGUUGCUUAAAAAAAGUUGAAUAUGUAGACAUAAAGCAUGUCCCUAAAAUUAAAAUCAAGAGGCUAAUGAUUUAGCACAAAUAGCUUCAGGAUAUAAAAUCUCAAGGGAAAAGUUAGAGGAAUUGGUCGAAGUAAGAGGAAAAGCAAUGGCAACCAAAUUUUCUCCAAGUGAUUUGGAAAGAAAUCGUUUAGGUUAUGCUAACGAAGAGGAAUUCGAAGUGUUGGCUAUUGAUACUUUAACAAGCAUAGAUUGGAGAACUCCGAUUAUAAAGUAUCUUAAAGAUCCUUCGAUGAACACGGAUAAAAAACCAAGUAUAGAGCUUUAUCUUACAUUUUGAUGGGAAACGAAUUAUUCAAGAAGACUCCUGAAGGCAUCUUACUAAAAUGUUCGAGCAAAAAUGAGGCAUAUUUAGCGUUAUCUAGUGUUCAUAGUGGAACAUGUAGGGCACAUCAAGCAGGCCAUAAAAUGAAAUGGUUGCUUUUCAGAUAUGGGAUGUAUUGGCCUACCAUGCUAAAGGAUUGUAUAGAAUUCGCUAAAGGCUGUCAAGAAUGUCAAAUACAUGCAGGAAUCCAACAUGCUCCUGCGAGUGAGCUUCAUGCAAUUAUCAAACCCUGGCCAUUUAGGGGUUGGGCUUUAGAUUUAAUUGGUGAUAUUCGACCUACUUCACCUAAAGGUCAAAGGUACAUUCUUGUUGGAAUUGACUAUUUUACUAAAUGGGUCGAAGCAGUGCUGUUGGUAAAUGUAGACCAAGAAACGGUCAUAGACUUCAUUCAGAGACAAAUACUAUAUAGGUUUGGAAUCCCAUAAACUAUAACAACAGAUUAAGGAUUAGUAUUUACUGGUCGAGAGAUGCAAGAAUUCUCAAAAGAAAUGGGAUUCAAGUUGUUAACUUCGACUCCCUAUUAUGCUCAAGCAAAUGGACAAGUCGAAGCAGCAAACAAAGUAAUUAUUGGUUUGAUAAAGAAGCAUGUAGGAACAAAGCCAAAAAACGGGCACAAGACACUAGAUCAAGUACUUUGGGCUUUCCGAACCUCUCCUAAAGAAGCAACAAAUAGUACACCUUUCCAAUUAACAUUUGGACAUGAUGCAGUCUUACCUGUUGAAAUCUACUUGCUAUCGGUACGGAUCCAAAAGCAAGGAGAAAUCCAUAUGACCUAUAUUGGGAGAUGAUGAUGAACGAGUUGACAGAAUUAGACGAAGAAAGGUUGCUUGCGUUAGAAGUCUUGAGGAGACAGAAGGAGAGAGUAGCAAGGGCAUAUAACAAAAAGGUCAAAGGUAAAAUUUUCUUUGUAAACGAGUUAGUUUGGAAAGUUAUAUUACCUAUGGAUAAAAAGGAUAAGGCUUUAGGAAAAUAGUCUCCACAUUGGGAAGGACCUUUUCAAAUUCUGAAAGAAUUUUCAAAUAAUGCUUAUGAGGUAGAAGAAUUAGCAGAGGAUCGAAGGAUCCUAAAAGUAAAUGGGAAAUAUUUAAAAAAGUAUAAACCGUUUAUGGAUGAGGUUAAGAUCACAACAACGUAGACAUCAGAAGUUAAGAUUGCAGCUAAAAUGGCGAAUAUAUAUUUCAUUCCAAAAUGAUCAUUUCGCCAAAAUGGCUACAUUUAAACAGAAAUACAAAAGUGAUGCAUAAAGCUGAGAACACAUCAUCAUUAGAACAAAACAAAAAAUAUAACCCCAGAAAAUAACUUCAAUUAUGACCAAGACGCGACUUAUCUAGGUCUAACUUUCCCCCACACUCUGUUGCAAGGAAAUCUGACAAUCCUGCUGCGCGCAUGUUUCUGAUCACACCUGUCUUGAUGAAGAUGUGAGUUAGAAGUCUUCCGUAAGGAAUGAAGAAGACCUUACCUUGACGUGAGUCCAUGAUCUCCUUCUUGAGAUAGUGGAAAAUAGCAAGAGGUGUAUUGAUCUUUUCCAUACGAAGAAGGGGAUAUAAAAACCUGAGGUCUUCAAGCAUUAUUCUGUCUUGAUCUUCCAUCCUAGGACGGAAGUUAAAAACUACAACUUUGUGCCAGAUCAUACCUAUAAAGGUAGUAAAUUCCUCAUUGGGAUUAGUAAACACCACCCUAAAGAUAUCAGAGAUAAGCUUGCUGUCAUGUUCAGCAAUGGGAGCUCUAACAUCUUCACACUAAAUCAUUUUUGAAAUGAUUUUUGUAGUGAUAGUGGUGGGGAAACCAAAGAUGGUGGAGCGAAUAGAUCCAUUGCCCUCACGAUCCCGGUGAACAGUUGUGUUUCUCCAAAAUUUUGCAAGAACAGAUGGAUAGAUAGGUCCAUCCAAGAUGGUCAGGUAAUACUCUAGAUUUUGUUUUGCGAACAUACGGGGAAGAUCAACCCCUUGUUCUUCAAAAUCAAUAGGAGAUAGGAUCCUUUCCUUAAUGAUUUGAGGAAUAAUUUCUUUGAUAGAUGGAGAGAUGAUGAGGAAAGUAAGAAAGUUUGUUCUUGAUGAAGAGAAUGGAGUUAUCGUUGUGUUUGGAAUAAGAAAAUAAGAAGGAUUGAAAGGUUUAUAUAGGAGAAACCUACAAUGGGGUUGGUUACGCAAAAGCAGUAAUAGUGGACCACGUGUUGAAUCCCUAGGGGGAGUUGUACAGUCCGCCACGAUUGUGCCUUGGAAGUUGAAACCAAAUUAUCGCAUAACCGGCACGUCUGAGAACUGAAGAGACGUUUGGGAAAACGUGAGUCAUGAUUAGCUGAUGGCUACGCGCUUGGGGCACUCAAAGGUCUAAUCGAUAAUUAAUGACCAUGGGGAAUGCCCAACAUUACGAAUAUUCAUAAUAUAGAGAUAAUCAUUGUAGUUAAAGUAAUAAUUAGACUGAAAUAUUCAGAGUCGUCAAAAAUCCAAAUUUUGUCUUAAGAAGAAUUGCAAGCAAAGUUAAUUCAAAGGCAAAAAAGAAAAAGAAAAAGAAAAUAAUAACAUAAUCCAAAGACUAAAAAGGAAUAGAGGCCUUCAUUCGUUGGUAUUUUAUUUAUCCAAGUUUUCAUACCCUAAUUUUGACCCCCCCCCCCCCCUAAGAUGUCACACCUCCAGACAUUUCAUCAGCUCAGGACAGGUACACAAAGCAGUCACUUGUUUAUCUGUUACUCAAUCGAGGAUGUUCAAGAACAAAGGAGUUCAGGCAAAGGAUGAAUCAAUAUGAGAAUAACCUCUAAAACAAUCACAAGACUCAAAUGAUUUAUUCAUUCACCUAUGAUUAAUUAGACACCAGUCAUCAAGACUCGGGUUUGCUCAGAUCACCAGACUAGGGUUUUGAGCCCAUCAAGGACUAAAAUCAGGGACCACAUUUGGGAACCCUAAAAAGCUCCAAGACAUCACUCAAAGGAUUCAAUCAUCUCCAAAUGAUCCAUAUGACAAUAUCCACUGGGCAUUAUACUUCAAUUCAAGAUCUACAGUCAUCAUUUUCAUCUAGCUUACAAUUAGGGUUUUUGACCUAAUUCUCCUGGACAGUUGACUUUUAAUCAGGACAUGGAUCCACAACUCAAAACAUGGCUCAAGAACUUCUAUUACCUCAAUAUGUUCCAUUCAUAUCACUCAUUUGAGGAGGAGAAUUUGAUUCAUCACAAAAGUCCAAGAUUUCACUUCAUUUGGAAAAAGUCAACUGUACAAGAUCACCUUUGACUUUUAGGGUUUUGGGUCAAACCAUGACUUCUAAGGAUCAAAAUCAUAAAUAUAUGAUUAUUUAAGUCAUUUG